AGCAUGCCCGAUCCAGGUUUGCUUGCAGCCAUUUCUUUCACGACCCAUUCUAGGGGCCCGGCGUCACCCUUUUUCAUGCCCUUUUUUUACUCACUUGCGUGGUACAUAACGUACUCUAACCCAUAUGAUUGAGUUUACUCCACCUUAUGGCUCAUUAAGCGAUUGAAGAAUGAUUGCUGUCUCCGUAGUUUGAAAUCCCAGCUUCCCCUGAUUCAUGAGAGAAACAACAUGCUGAUCAAAACACAGGUCCUACACGCCGCCUGCUUGAUUAUCUUGGUCGGGAUUUCAAACGCUGGUUACAUCGGCAAUGCGCCCGGAAUUCCGACUACCGUACCGAGGCUUACUAGUCGAGGUACUGAGACGUAUAUUGCGGUCUUUGGGGGUAAUGGGAAGACCGCAGACGGAUGGCCGUCAAUGGACCAGUGGAUUCCAACAUUUGAAGAAAUGUUCAACAAGAAUAAACCUAUCAUGAGUGCAAGCUGUACGCAAUUCGACGCAGAGAAUGACUCAGAGGCAGAGCUUGCUUAUCUUUCGUCCAGUAUUCAGUCCGUAGCCAAAACAAGCGGGGUUGAUGCCCGCUUUAUUCUCGCCAUAGUCCUCCAAGAAAGCAAUGGAUGUGUUCGUGUCGGUACUACCAAUAAUGGCGUCACUAACCCGGGUCUCAUGCAAAGUCAUGCGGGAACAGGUUCCUGUGGUAGCCAGAAGGACUCUGCCUGCCCCGAAAGUGAAAUUCUACAAAUGAUAAAAGAUGGAACGGAGGGAACAACUUCCGGAGAUGGUCUGAGGCAGUGCCUGGACGCAAAUGGCGGGAGCGGUGAGACCGCAUAUUACCGGGCCGCCCGCUGUUACAACUCUGGAUCGAUUGCCCCAUCAGGGAACCUGGGUCAAGGAGGCUCAACACAUUGCUACGUUUCGGAUGUUGCUAAUCGUCUGUUGGGAUGGUCGUCUGGGCCAAGUCGAUGUAACGAAGCGACAGUCGGUAGUUUGACUGGCAGCUCCUCCCAGGGCACAUCCCCAGUUGCAGGCUCAGUCUCGAUCGCUAGCAGCACGUUUGCCACCUCUCUGAGCUUGCCAGUUUCGGUUCCACUAAUACAACAGUCCACUACUCCUUCCCUCACAGCCGAAGCCUCCGCUAUACCAACAAUGGUAUACCCGUACGCUCUCUCGAGUUGCCUGAGUUAUGCUACGGUGAGUACCGGAGAUUACUGCGAGAAGCUCGAGACCGAAUAUGGAAUCUCCGCAGUACAGCUUCGAGACUGGAACCCGGGGCUGGAUGAAGCCUGUACCAAUCUUUGGUGUGGCUACAGCUACUGCAUAAAGGCGUAGAGGGGCAACACCUAGGAUUUUUAUGACCUGUGCGGCAAACAUAUCGGGUUUCCUCCCAGUUACCAACGCGCAAUCUCUCCUUAUGCCACACUACCG